AUGACCCGAGGAGAAUCAGACGCGAGGAACAAUGAGAAUAACGGACCGACCAAGCUCGGCAUUGUUUGGGACACGCUUCUCCUGGAAAUGCGCUAUAAAGGCAAUAAGAAAGAGACCAUGCAUCUGGCUACCUCCAUCAUUGCGGCGGAGAGCGACAAUGGGCGCAUGACCCUUAACAAGUUCCUCAUGCCCAUGAUCAGCCACCCGAAGGUCAUCACGAUGGCUCGCGCGCAAAGGGAUAUGGAGAACUUGUGCGUGGUAGCAGCUGGUCUGUAG